GCCUCUUCGGAUCCUGUCCCAUGGAGUGCCCUGUGAAAGAUGGGAUCCUAUAUGUCCAGCAUCCCAAAUUUGGGAAGAAGAUCUGGCGGAAAGUGUGGGCCCAGCUCUUUGCUGACAGCCCCUCUGGCAUUGCCCGACUUGAGUACUUUGAAGGGCGUGAAGGUGCUGCAGCAGAGAAGGCGACCUUGCGAAAGGGGGAACGGAAGGUGAUCCGCCUCUCAGACUGUGUCUCUGUGGAAAAGGCUGGCGACCACAGCUCACCCAAGGAUACAACAGCCUUCUUUGUGUGCAUGAUGGAACGCAACUGCUUGCUGGCAGCACAUCAAGCAGAUGAGUGGAUCGAAUGUAUCUGCCAGCUGGCUUUUCAGAAAACGCCUGCCCCGUCCAGCACAGUUGGAAGCGCUCCCAGCCCACAGCCCCUAAUGGAGGAGAAUGCCAUCUACUCAUCCUGGCAGGAAACAUGUGAAUUCCCAGUGGCCGUGUUCCCAACAGAGGCUUCUGCCAGAUGUCAUCUGAAAGGGAACUACCUGAUGGUGCCUUUACCUGAGCACCUGGUGCUGAAAGAUGUGCACUCUGGGCAAGCCCUCUAUACUUGGCCUUAUGCCUUCCUCCGAAGAUUUGGCCAGGAAAAGACUGUAUUCUCUUUUGAGGCAGGGCGCCGCUGUGAUUCAGGAGAGGGCCUCUUUACCUUUAACACAGUCCGGGCUGCAGAGAUCUGUAGAGCUGUCUCAGCUGCCAUAGACCACCAAAAAGCCACGCUUCUGGAGAGAGACAAGAAAGCUGGGGUUUCCCCAGCCCAAGAGUGUGUGCAGAAAGCAGGGCCCUGGCCGUGGCCCACCAGCAUGGAGAGCCUAGAGGAAACACAACCGCUGUAUGCUAGAGCCCCAAAGGGAACUACGGAAAUGGGGUUCUCAACAGUGCCUGCUAGUGAUAGCCACUCGGUUUCCCCAGAGUCUGAGGCUUCUGAAUCACCCAUCAUUUAUGCUUCCAUUGGAAAGAGCUUCCACUCCGAGCCCUUGAGCAAGACAGAGGCGGAACCCAAAGAGGAAGGACAGCAGCGCUCAGACGAUCUCUACGAGAACCUGCGCACUCUGGAGCAGCAGGCCCUCUGUCCAGGCCCUCUAUCCAGAGACUCCCCUGAGGGUAGCAUCAAGAGUGAGCCAUCGCCUAUCUACGACAACAGUCCUGUAGUGGCAAGACGCUCAAAUAGCAAUCCUGGCCCCACCCCUGGUGCAGGGGCUGACCCUACCCCAGAGAGCCAAUGUCCUCCUCAACUGCUGGAUUUCCAGGGGGCAGAGAGCAGAGGCGAGGGACAUGCCAGACCCAAGGCAAGAGGGCCCGGGGCUUUCAAGCACAAACUGAUCACUAUGUUGAGCCGAGAAGGAGGAGCCAGUAAGACAUCUAGCAAGAAUGCUAGCCCUAUGGACUAGGGAGGACAGAAAACUCUGACAAAAUAGACAUGGGAGCAGAAAUUGUCAAAAUUUCCUUAUUUGUCCUAUGUGCAGAACAGAAAUCGAUCCAGUGGAUAGGGUUGGCAUUUGCUGUUGCUUUCAGUCCGCAAAUAAUAUGGAACAGAUUAUGAUUUCCCCCCCAUUUGCAUUGUAUUUCCUUUGCGUUGAAAUGAAUGGCGUGGAAUAAUGUAAUGGUGGCAUAACUUAAAUAAUGUAUGCAAUUUUGCCACAGUCAACAGUGAGACAAAUAGCAUAGUUUUUUGCAGAAGACAAAUUGCAGCGGAACAGAAGCAGCACUGCAUGUGACAAGUACAGGGCGGAAUGGCAAACAAUGCCUUCUCACAUCCCUACUAUAGACAAAGCAUAAUGAAUCCCUCCUGCUGUGGGAACUAGUCCCAGGGCUUGGGAGUUCUUUCCAUCAGUCUAUUUCCACUCCUCCUCAUGCGACCUGAAGAUCAGGCCUCUUAAAUCACAUGAUGGUGACUUGGGGGCAAGGCCAGUUAGAUUCACUCCACUAUCAGCCUUAGAUAGUUAAGAGGUGGAAGUGGGGAUUAUUCCUCAAUCUAAACGCAUAUGUGAAUAAAGGAAUCUGGGGUG